AUGCCCGACCUCCCAAAGUAUGAUGGAACUCGGGAUCCACAAGAACAUCUAGCUGUUUUCGAUAUGGUAAUGAAUUUGUAUGGACAGUCAAGCUCCAUAGUCGCCAAAUUAUUUGUUACCACGCUGACAGGAAAGACCCAAGAAUGGUUUACAAAUUUGCCCCCAGGCAGCAUAGAUUCGUAUGAGCAACUAGCACAAAAAUUUGCAUUCCACUUUGCGAGCAAGAGAAAACAAAAGAGAUCAGCUACGCACUUAUUUACUAUUCGGCAGGAGGAAAAUGGAAGUUUGAAAAAUUUUAUGGGGCGUUUUAAUAACGAAACGUUGGAGGUGCAGGAUGUUAGGAUAGACAUGAUGACUAGUAUCCUAAUCCAUGGAUUGAAGAAAGGAGUUUUUGCAUCGGCGUUAGCACGGGACCCGCCAAUAGAUACAGAGCAGUUGAUGGCAAUGGCGCAAAAGUACAUUGAUGAAGAGGAGAUGAAUGCAAUGAAGGAUGAGGAGUGGAGAGUUACAUCAGAACGAGCAAGAGAUGGAAGAUUCACCAGAGAUCGGGAUAUGCGACCAAAAAAGGAGAAAGAAAGGGAACCACCUUACCAGCCGAAAUAUAACAGGUAUACUCCUCUAAAUAUGACCAGGGCUAAAGCCCUCAUGCUGGUGGAAAAAGAUAAAGUUUUGAUGUGGCCGAAGCAUACGAGGAUUACUCCAGCCAAAAGAUAUUCGAAUAAGUACUGUCGGUUUCAUCGAGAAAGAGGGCAUGAUACAGAGGAAUGCUAUCAAUUGAAAGAUGAGAUAGAGCGAUUGGUGCGACAAGGGUUUUUCAGGAGACAGAACCCCCAUAAUUUUGAAGAAAGGAGACAAGAUCGGAGGGGCAGAUCGAGCAGUAGGGAUCGCAGGUCCAAUUGGGCAGAGGAACGAAGGAACCAGACAGUGGCGGAGAACGCGCCUGUGAAAGGCAUUAUCCAUACUAUUGCAGGAGGAUCAGAGGGAUGGUCGAGAAAAGCUAGAAGGAGAUUCGAGAAAGAGACUAGGUGGGAGCGACGUAAACAAGGGGUGCAUGUAACAAGCAACCCCGAGAUCGUGUUUGGAGAUCAAGAUGCAGGAACCAGGAUCGUGACAGAUAAUGAUCCCAUGGUGAUACGAAUGGACAUAGCAAACUUUACAGUCCAUAAGGUUUUGGUAGACAACGGGAGUUCAGCAGAUAUAAUAUUUAAGGAAGUAUUGAAUAAAAUGGGGCUUGAUAAUAUAAGGCUGGAACCAGUAAAUAUUCCACUGGUAGGAUUCGGGGGAAGCGAGGUCGCAUCACUUGGGACGGUGGAGUUACCUGUAUCUUUGGGAGAAGAGCCAAAACGCAAAACAUUGAUGGUAAAAUUUUUAGUUGUUGAUAUGCCCUUUGCUUACAAUGUUAUCCUGGGGAGACCCGGGCUUAAUUCUUUCAGGGCAGUGGUAUCAACAUAUCACCUCAAGAUGAAGUUCCCUACUCUAUCCGGGAUAGGGGAGUGUGUGAAGAACGAAGACUGGCAGGCACUGAAAGCAGGGAGAAUAGAACCUGUUGAUCACAAAGAGGUGGAGUUGAUACAAGGAGACCCGACCAAGGUCACCAAGAUAGGAACCAACUUGGGGCAGUUCGAGGGAAUCAUGAUUACUUUUUUAAGAAGUAAUGUGGAUAUGUUUGCAUGGGAUCCAUCAGAUUUUCGGGGUAUAAACCCGGAGGUGAUAGUACACAGGCUAAAUGUGGACCCUUCCAUGCGACCUGUCCAACAGAAGAAGCGAACCUUCGGAGCUGAGAAAAACGCAAUCAUUGAGGGAGAGGUAAAUAAAUUACUUAAAGCGGGUUAUGUAUCCGAGGUUCAAUACACGGAUUGGUUGGCCAAUGUGGUCGUGGUGCCGAAGCCGGGGGGUAAGUGGAGAAUGUGUACAGACUUUACAGAUCUCAAUAAGGCGUGCCCGAAAGACCCCUACCCACUACCGAGGAUCGAUGUCCUAGUCGAUUCGACGGCCGGGUAUAGGACAUUUUCCAUGAUGGAUGCGUAUCAGGGAUAUCAUCAGAUUUUUAUGGCACCAGAAGAUCGAAUAAAAACCUCCUUUGUAACUGACCGUGGGAUUUAUUGUUAUAAUGUUAUGCCUUUUGGAUUGAAAAAUGCAGGGGCAACAUAUCAAAGGUUGGUGAACAAGAUGUUUGCUCAGCAAAUAGGAAAAACCAUGGAGGUGUAUGUGGACGACAUGUUGGUUAAAAGCCAACAACCAGAUGAACAUUUGGAGCAUUUGAAGGUAGCCUUUGCGAUCAUGAGAGAACAUGGGAUGAAGCUUAAUCCCAGCAAAUGUACAUUUGGAGUAGGCGGGGGCAAAUUUCUUGGAUACAUGGUCAGCGAACGUGGGAUUGAGGCUAACCCAGAGAAGAUAGAAGCCAUACUGAAUCUGAAGUCUCCUACAUCCAUCAAAGAGGUUCAGAAGUUAACAGGUAGAAUUGCUUCUCUUAAUCGCUUUAUUUCUAGGUCGGCAGAUCGCAAUUUACAUUUUUUUAAGAUAUUGAGGAAAGUGAAAGGGUUUAAUUGGACCGAGGAAUGCGAGCAAGCUUUUCAGGAGUUAAAAAUUUAUUUGAGAUCGCCGCCUCUUUUGGCGAACCCUAGAGAAGGGGAUGUGUUAUAUCUUUAUUUGGCUGUUUCUGAUGAUGCGGUUAGUUCGGUAUUGAUAAAAGAGGAGGGAAAGGUUCAGAACCCAGUGUACUAUGUAAGUAAGAUGUUGCAAGGAGCGGAAACUAGAUAUGCGAAGAUCGAAAAGUUAGCAUUGGCGGUGGUGGUGACGGCCAGGAAGCUAAGGCCAUACUUUCAAUCGCAUCGGAUAGUGGUAAGAACUAAUCAUCCACUCCGAAACAUUCUUACCCGACCAGAGGCUUCGGGUAGAAUGAUAAAGUGGGCGGUUGAAUUGGGAGAGUUCGACAUCACCUAUCAGAGUCGAAUAGCAGAGAAAGCUCAGAUAUUGGCUGAUUUUAUGGUGGAGAUAUCCGGUGCUCAAAAAGAUAUAGAAACAUGGAUGUUGCAUGUGGAUGGGUCCUCCAAUGCAAACAAUGGUGGAGCAGGAAUACUGAUCGAAGGACCAGGAGGUAUGGAGAUUGAGGUCGCUGUUCGGCUGUCCUUUCCCGUUACAAAUAAUGAAGCCGAAUACGAAGCCUUACUCUUGGGUUUGGAGUUAGCACUGGAAGCGGGAGCGCAGAUUCUCGAAGUAUACACUGAUUCGCAGCUAGUCGCUAUGCAGGUGGAGGGAACAUAUGAAACUAAAGAAAGAUCUAUGGCAGAUUAUUUGAAGAGAGCAAAGGAGGGGAUGCAGAAAUUCUCCAAGUGCAAUGUUCAACAAAUCCCCAGGAGUGAGAAUGAAAGAGCCGAUGCGUUAUCAAAAUUAGGGGCUAUGUUAGUAGGAAUAAAGGACAGAAAAAUCACAGUGAUGGUAAAGGAGCGAUCUGCGAUCUCAGAAGGGAUAGAAACCAAUGUGGUAACUCCAAGAUGUCUGUGGAUAGAAGAUAUAGCGACAUACCUGAGGGAGGGGAUCUUGCCUACUGAUGCCGGACAUGCUAGACGCAUUAAGUUCAAAGCUUUAAGGUUUACCUUAAUAGGGACACAAUUGUAUAAAUGA